CACCGUACUACGCUAUUACUUCUUAACAUCGCACCUACAAAUAAUAAACGCGUCCUUCUUCUUCAAGACGAGCAGAGAGCACAUCUAUAAAGAAGAAGAAGAUAACGCAGACAGGCAUGCCAUGGUGCUGUGACCCUCAUCUCCUUUUCUAUUUCUUGAAGUUGCUCGGUAAGUUAAUAUAGAGGCGGCAGCAAAAGGAGGAAACAUGUGUCAACCUCUAAAUUCAGUGGAUGGAACUUUAUCCUUAUUAAACAAGUUAACGUUUUAUGCUUUUCCUACCAAAACAUCGGAGUUUCUUCAUCCAAAAUCUUCUCCAUACCUCGGAAACAAGACUGCCAAACGUUGGAGAUUUCGUGGUGUGCGAUCACUAUCCUUACAAGUUUAAUUUAAUGUCCUUGGCAGGUGGUUCAGAGGCAGCAGAUCAUGUCAAAAGCUCUAACAAUUUUAAGGUACCAAGAAAUCUGGCUGAUGUUCCCUUAUUGGCAGAAAUGGAGCCUUUCCCACAUGUACAAACUCUUAGAAAAUUUCCUAGAGAGGAGCUGGUGGGAAAAGUGGUCAUGGUCAGAUUUGAUAGUACCAAUUUACUUAGGGAAGAAGAACAGGACCAGAGCUCUCAAUCAGUGUCAAGUGCAGUUUUCACGAUUAAAUAUCUACAUGAAGCUGGAGCAAAAAUAAUUCUUGUGAGUGACUGGAGGAAGAAAACUAAUUCGCAGCUUCAUGAUGCUGAGACUGUUGCAGACAUGAUAUCAUCAGUUAUCCAACACAGAGUUGUUACCAUUAAAUGCGAUUAUUCUGCUGUGUUGUUGAAAAUGGAAGUCCUGAAGAAAGCAGAUAUAUUCCUUCUUGAGAACCUUUCAGAGUACAAAGAGGAAGCUGCCAAUAAUUCAAAGUUUGCUGAACUAUUAUCAUUAGGAGUUGAUAUUUUUGUUAACGACUCCUUUUCGCAGUCUCAUAAAAUUCUUGCAUCAACAGUUGGUAUUGCUCGCUUUUGUUCUGCUUGUAUAGCUGGUUUUCACUUUGAAGAGAGCCUUUGUCAGCUGAAGAAGGUUGCUAGAACUAACAAAAGACCAUAUGUUGCAAUUAUUGGAGGGGGUAAUCUCUAUGACAAAGCAGCUGCAGUGCAUUUUUUAGUUUCCAGAUGUGAUGGACUGGUCUUUGUUGGGAUGAUGUCAUUCCAAAUAAUGCAUGCUUUGGGACUUUCUGUUCCUUCAUAUCUGGUAGAACCCGGGGCGUAUAAAGCAGCUUUAGAUAUAAUCCAAAUUGCACAUGAUAGAAACAUUCCCAUUCUACAUCCCAUGGAUUUUUGGUGCAUGAAUGAGCAUCUUCCAGAGAAAAUGGGCAUAUUUCCUUCUCAUCAUAUUUUGGAUGGUUGGCUACCUGUUGAUCUUGGUCCUCGGUCAUUGGAUGAAUUAAACUCUUUACUAGUGAAAUGCAAGAAAAUUCUAUGGAUUGGUCCGGUGAAAUUCAAGUUCUCAGGUCCAUGUGCAGACGGAGCAUCUAAAUUGGCUCAAGCACUUAAUGAACUAAGGCAAAGAAAUUGUGAUAUCACUGUGGUGGGGAAUAUGGCAUGCCAAGCCAUGGUGAUGGAAUCAAAGUCUGUCUUGGUUAAUGACAUGUUUGAAAAUGCUUCAGUUAUAUGGGAAUUUUUCAAAGGAAGAAAGCUUCCCGGGGUUAUGGCCUUAGAUAGAGCAUAUCCAUUUGAGAUCGAUUGGAAGUCUGCCUAUUGUAAUCCAGCUCAACCAUUGGUGGUUGAUAUUGGAAGUGGUAGUGGACUAUUUCUUUUGGGGAUGGCUAGGAGAAGAAAGGAUUUGAAUUUUCUUGGUCUAGAAAUCAAUUCAAAGCUUGUAAGACGCUGUAUGGAUUCUGUUCAUCAGUAUGGCAUUCAAAAUGGGUACUUCAUUGUAACAAAUGCCACAACAACAUUUCGUUCCAUAGUUUCGAGUUAUCCAGGAGAGUUGGUACUUGUUUCGAUACAGUGUCCCAACCCUGAUUUCAACAAUCCAGAACAUAGAUGGAGAAUGCUGCAAAGGUCAUUGAUUAAAGCUGUGGUGGAUCUCCUUGCACUGGAUGGGAAGGUUUUCCUGCAAUCUGACAUAGAAGCAGUUGCUUUGAGAACGAAAGAAUUAUUUCUCAAAAUUGGCAAGGGCAAGCUCAAUCUAUGGAAUGAUCAAUACCAUGCAAGAAUGAAUCUCGGGGAAUGGCUUGAAGAGAACCCAUUUGGAGUUAUGUCAGAUUGGGAGCAACAUGUUAUUGAUCGUGGGGCCCCUAUGUACAGAUUGAUGCUUUCCAAAUCAUCCGGUAUCGAAUGAUAUCAAAGUAGCUGGUGAGUGAAGGCUCGCUAUAUCAUACCAGGAUGCUGUUGGGAUACCAUAAUACUUCUUGAAGAUCAUUUGCUGAUCAUUUCAAUGUGGGGGCAGACCAAGGUUUUCCAUUUUAUUGGUCAUGAUAUCUUAUACUGAUCACCUACAAGUUAUGUUAGAAUAUAAAUCCUUGCAGCCUUGCCCCACCCCAAACCAAAUAAAUUGAUGGAAUUCUUGUGGCCACGGAGAGCUGAGGGGCGAAUAUCAUCAUUCUAAAAGUUUGUUUGCACCAUUCUGUGGAAGGAAGUGGAUAAGAAGAAAGUAUUUGUAAACUCUUAUGAAUAACAAGAACAUAGAGACUCGGUAUAAAAGAGAUGCACUGCAUUUGCUUUCGUUAACCAGCAAAUUGGUUUUCAAAGUCAGGGUUUUCGAGCUUUUGGAGGCUGUAACUAAUUGCUAACAGCAACAUUAAAUCUCAGCUGUGCCUGCAAAAAUAGGAAAAACAAGUAUUUCGUUAUCCUUGGCUGUUCGUCGUUUGUUCAUAGAAGCUUGAACAUGAAACAAAGAAUCAGUUGUAUUCAGCUGAUGUCAACUUUGGACCUGUAACUUGUUCAAUAUUACUAGCAUUAGUCCCUUUAUUGUGUAA